AUGGUCCCCGUGCUGCAGAGCGCCCAUUCGCAGAAGGAUUACUUUGGUGAGUGUUCUGAAGCAGCCAUCAGGGAGAAUGUAGUUACAGUAUUUGAGCUUCUGGAGGAGAUGCUAGAUAAUGGCUUUCCUUUGGCAACAGAAUCCAACAUACUGAAAGAACUUAUCAGGCCUCCAACAAUUCUGCAAUCUGUUGUCAAUUCCAUUACAGGAAGCAGUAAUGUUGGAGAGGCAUUGCCUACUGGACAGCUUUCCGGUAUCCCCUGGAGAAGGGCUGAAGUGAAGUACACAAAUAAUGAAGCCUACUUUGAUGUUGUUGAAGAAAUCGAUGCUAUUCUAGACAAAUCAGGUUCAACAGUGUUUGCAGAAAUCCAGGGUGUUAUAGAUGCUUCUAUCAAGCUAUCUGGGAUGCCUGACCUGACAUUAUCAUUUAUGAACCCCAGGCUUUUGGAUGAUGUCAGUUUCCACCCCUGUGUCCGCUUCAAGCGCUGGGAGUCAGAGCGAGUUCUCUCCUUCAUUCCCCCGGAUGGAAAUUUCCGCCUGAUGGAUUACCAUGUCGGCUCCCAGAAGUAUAAAAGUGAAUCGUCUAGAUAUGUUUGGAGAGAAGUACAAACCGUUCAAAGGAAUCUGCCCCUUUAAACUGGAACAGCGAGCAAGGCGGUCUCGCUUUGCCUACCAAACAGACGGGAGGAUAACAAAGGCCCGGAAAGAAAAAUCAAAGAAAAUAAUUUUAAAGAAAGAAAGGGGAAAGUGGGGGAUCGUUGGGCAGCCCCAGUAUUUGUUAUACAGUGAGACAGCAGAGUGUAGGACGGAGUCCCGGGUCGUACGGGUAGCGGCGACUGGGGAGAUUCACGCUGCGAAGUGCAGCACAUUUAUUUUGUAGUUUUUCCUUACUGUGUUUUAUUUUCCCUGUUUCUUUUUGCCUUUUUCGUUUUUUUAUAAUUUGUGAGCACCUGCGAGUGCGGGACUGCAGCUGAGUACCCUGCCGUGGUAUUCCCCGUUGGUUCUGGAUACCAUAGUUGGUAGCCAGACCACGGACCACAAGCGCCCUCUACGGGCUCAACGAAAUCGGUACACCUCACCAGAGUACCAAAAGAAAAUAAUAAAACUGAGCACCUGUGUGGUGUUGUCAACUACCA